AUGUCUGACGCGUUACAACACGGCACUGAUGCAGUCGACUUCGUUCCAGUGUCGACCGUCGAGGUAACUGUUGUCGUCGGCCGGGCGGCCGUCAUGCCCUGCGAUACCACGAGCGCUACCAACGAGGACCGGGUCUACAUGGUGCUCUUGUUCAAGCAACCUGACGGUCGUCCAAUAUUUAGUUACGACGUCCGCGGGCGGUCAGUCACCGGCGCACUCGAAUGGUCUGACAGUAAUUCUUUCGCGUCUCGAGCUCGUUUCAUCACUACAGUACACCCUUCAGCAUUGCGCGUCGAAAAUGUCCAGUUGGAUGACGAGGGCACUUAUCGAUGCCGAGUGGACUUCAAGAACUCUCCAACAAAAAAUUACCAAAUAGUUCUGAAAGUUAUCGUGCCACCACAUAAGAUCGUGCUGUUUGACGAAAAAGGCAACGAUAUCGGCGGUGUGAUCGGACCACUUGAAGAAGGCGACAGUGGCGUGGCCAUUGAGGCUAAACAUGCAUCAACCAAGUUGCUAGUCCGACAGAAGGUAACUAAGAAGGACGCCGGCCUGUAUUCGUGUCACGCCGUUAACUCCGAAGGGGAGGCCACCAGCAAGGCUGUUUUCCUGCGCGUCCAAUAUGUUCCGGUUUGUGCUCAUUUGCACGUUAUUAUAGUCGGUGUAGUGAUGUACCAAACAAUACGCGUACGCUGCACCGUCGACGCUGACCCUACUAAUUUAAUUUUUAUUUGGAGAUUUAACAACACCAAUGAAAUUUUCGAAGUAUCUACCGCCCGUUUCGCUAACUAUACACCGUAUAUGUUCGCUAUCGGGGGAACAUCUAGCGAGCUAUUCUAUACUGCCACUACGGACCGUGACUACGGGACUUUGUAUUGCCACGCCAAGAACUCUGUCGGCGUGCAGGAGAAACCCUGUGUUUUCCACGUCGUGAAGGCCACUCCGCCUAAGAAGCCGCGAAACUGCAAAUGGGCCCGCGUAAGUCAUGGUAAUGUGGAGGACGACUACCUAUCUGUGUGCUGUAAAGGAAGCUAUGACCGCUUCCUGCCUCAACACUACACUCUUGAAACCAUCGGCAAAACCUAUAGAGUGCUUCUCAACAAUACCGAAACCUUUCCCGGCAUCUAUACCGUAAGGGAUGACGGUACUGUGACGAUUAUCAGCGUAGGAACCAAUGCAUUAAAAGUUCGUCGUGAUCUGGACUUCUGCUUGAACAUCAGCUGGGCUGAAAUUAAUAUUUUCGAUGAUGAAAAGAUCGGAGUGACCGCACACAACGCCGUCGGAGCCUCGGACACCGUCAUUAUCAAAGACUUUGUGUAUGUGCCAAUCGUCAAACACAAAGAUGAAACCAGUUUCGAACUAUCAGCGAACGACAUAAUGCUGUUGUCUGCACUGCUAGUGGCCGCGGUGGCAUCAACUGGAUUUUCGAUGUGGUUUGUCAGGAGGAGGAAGCUCUCAUCAGCAUCAAGCAACAAAGGUCCAUCUCAGAGCAUGGUGCAGGUGGACAACCAGGGUCGCCGGCGGGUAGUCGCUGUGCCUACUCCCACUCCAGUUGGCGAAAUGGCGACAGGACCCGACGUACUUAAUCGUCGAACUGAUGAACCACCGCGUGUUGUUUUGGAGUCGGGGGAAAAUAACACCUACGACCUUCGAAUACUUUCCACCAAUCAAGAAGGUAUCCAGAGUCCUCAAUUAUCAACAGACGAGGAGGAGUACUUCGGUAACCAGAGCAGUAGUGUUAUUCACGUCGCUAUUCAUCAUAGGCCGAGAUCCAGCAACAUCCAAGAUCCAUCGAGUGACGACAACCCAGAAGGAGUCCGUGAAGUCGCGGUGUAGAUAAUUGAAGAAAUACGUAAAUGGAAUGCUCAUGUAUAAGUAGUGAUUUAAAUUUACUUUUUUUAACCAUGUAUUCGAUUUAGAACUUAGAUAUUAAGGCGUUGAAAUUAGAUACGAUUAUAUUCAGCUGGUUCUGGUACUGAUUAUGACAAGGGACUAUA